AUUUGUGCCAUUGCGUCCGUCAGAACAGCUCCUCUCGUCGAUUUAGAAUUAAUGAGCUUUUCGGCCCAGAGUGCAUUACAUUUCUCCUGCUCUGUCAUAUGUCAAUGGCAUCGAUAAUAUGACGUAUACGUCCCGGGCCUAUCUACCGAGCAGAAACAUCCCCCUCUCGCCGUAGCUUCGGAUCCCGGCAUUGACAGCAUCGCAUCGCUACAAUUCCUUGCAAUCGAAGCUCACGUCGUGAGACAUGCGUCGCAUCGCACACGGCCUCUUUUCCUCCUUGAGACACCCAGUGCGCACACCGUACUGUUGGACAACCCUCAGAUACACGCGCACUGCCAGAAUGGCGUCGACACUCCCCAGACUCCCCAUCUUCGAGGCUAUUCGAGGACACGACGCUCAGUCUACUGCCGUAGUUCAUUAUCCGUCGGGGAGGAGUUUCACGUACGGCGAAUUAGUUCACGAUGUGGCAGACGCUGCGGAAGAGCUCAGAUUGAAAGCCCAGGGGAAGACGCUGCCCGGAGAGAGAAUCGCCUUUCUCGUCGAGAACGGGUACGACUAUGUGGUCACGCUUCUCUCGAUAUUCGCAAACCAUUCCAUAGCCGUGCCGCUAUGCACGACACAUCCCGACCAGGAAUUGCGGUACAUCAUCGACCAGAGCCAGAGCCUGAUGCUGCUAAGCAGCGAGAAAUUCAAGGAAAAGGCGCAGAAUGUGGUCAAGGAAGGGUUGCAGGAGUCAAGUCCUUUGGUAUCUGUAGAGAAAAUCAAGGAGGGCAAGAAGAGUAGUGAGCAGAUCACUUUGGAGACUCCUAAGAGUGAAGAUGGCGGAAUGAUGCUGUACACAAGUGGGACUACAAGCCGGCCAAAAGGCGUGCUACUUCCUACGGCGACACUGACCGCUCAGUGCUCAUCUCUCCUGCAAGCGUGGAACUACUCGCCGCAAGAUCGACUCUUGCACGUCCUUCCCUUGCACCACAUUCAUGGUACGGUAAAUGCAUUGCUCACACCUCUUCUCGCCGGCUCGACAAUAGAGUUCAUGUUCCCGUUCAACGCCCAAAACGUAUGGGAACGCUUCGCCUCGCCCUUUCUCUCGGCUUCAUCGCUGCCCGAGAAUCUCAAAGAAAAGAUCACCUUUUUCACUGUCGUGCCAACGAUAUACAACCGGCUGCUGCAGACCUAUGACUCCCUUGCUGAGGAGACAAAGUUGGCUGUCCGAGAAGCGACUAACCCGAAAAACCUGAGGCUGAACAUCUCCGGCUCGGCUGCCCUACCAACGCCCACUAAGCAGGCCUGGUUCGAUCUAACCGGCGGCAAUGUCCUUCUUGAACGCUAUGGCAUGACGGAGGUCGGCAUGGCUCUUUCAUGUGGUCUUUCCUUUGCCGAUCGUGUCGACGGUUCAGUUGGCUGGCCCUUGCCAGGUGUCGAAGCCAGACUCGUCGAUACAGAAACCGACAAAGUCAUCGAAAUUGGACAGGAAAUCGACGCAGAAGGCAAGGAGAGGCACGGUGAGAUACAACUACGCGGACCGGGCAUAUUCAAAGAAUAUUGGCGAAACCCGGACGCGACGGCCAAAGAAUUCGUGGAGGGCGAGGACGGGAAAGGCAAGUGGUUCAAGACGGGAGAUGUCGCUGUUCGAAGAAUCGUCGAAGGAGCAGGAAAGUCAGACCAGGAGUGGGCAAAGGGGCCAAUGUACUUCAUCCAGGGUCGAAAAUCUGCCGACAUCAUCAAGACCGGUGGCGAGAAGGUAUCCGCGCUGGAAGUGGAAAGAGAAAUGCUUGCCUUGCCCGAGAUCAGCGAAUGUGCGGUCGUAGCGCUGCCAAGUGAUGCUUGGGGACAAAAGGUUGCUGCAGUGGUCGUGCUGAGCGAGAAGGGAAAGACUGGAGGACGGGGUGGCAAGCCAUGGGGACCAAUGGACCUAAGAAGAGCCUUACGAGAUGUCCUAGCAAAUUACAAGAUCCCGCAGGACAUGAAGGUCGUGGAGAGCAUACCGAGAAACGCCAUGGGUAAAAUAAAUAAGAAGGAAUUGGUAAAGACGGUAUUCCCAGAUGCGUAGAUUAUGAACCUGCCCCAAUUGUACAUAUUCAGCAUGCAUAAGACGGAGUGGAGGUCGCAUGUGCCCAAUAGACAUUCGAAACAUCGAUCAUAUUCUGCAUACCCAAGCUGCUAUCCCGACGCAUCACAAGAGCUUCCUCAACUGAAAUCGGUUCAAGGAUGUGCUGCAGCAUUACAGUAAUGCUGUUUUCGUUUCAGCGAAGUCGUCCGCAAAUCGUAC